UCUUUGGGCUUGGCACCACCAACGCCCGGCAACGUUGUUUCGGCACGCACACUGCUGUCGAAGCGAGAGCUGGUAAUGGCCAAACUCCAAGUGUGACUAUGAAAUAUUAGUGAGCGUUCGCUGCUCCGCAGAGAGGUAACGGCAGGGAACGAGCAGCAUUUCUGUAGUAGUCUGCUUCAGUCGGCCAAAGACAUUCAAUGCCUAGGACGGAGGGAGGAUCUUCGGUCAAUGAGCGGUACCGGGUGCAGUCACUGAAGCGAUGACUUCUACAAGUUCUCCAAUCCCCGUGACGUUCAGCGGCUCAUAUGAAGGGACUUAUUUGAACUCGGAUCAGCUGGAAGUCAUAAGCAUCACCGAUAUCAUCUCAUCAUCAGCAAGCAUUUUGGGCUGCAUCUCGAUUCUAGUGUUUGCAAUCUACAAGAACAAAGUAUGCCAUCAAAGUGUUCAGCCACUGUUCCACCUGGCUAUGGCUGACUUCUGCGCAUCCGCCAGCCUUCUGGCCAGUUGCGUAGUGCACGUUCUGUACAGGACGAGGAGCGACGAGGUCUUCACUCUAUGCAGCUACCUCAAUGGCUGUGUAACGGGUUUCUUUGUCAUAACAUUCUUCUUGACAGCAGCGUAUGCAGCGGAAGUGUACAUGAGGGUGUCAUUUCAAGAUAAACAACGUACAGGAAGAGGCUUGGAUCCCGUUAGAAGAACACAGUUUGAAUUCAUGUACCUGAUGUACAGCAUGUCCUGGGUGAUACCGCUAGCUGUUGUCAUCACCAUGGUCGGUUACUACGCCACGUUCCAUCAAGAGACUGCCCAGAAAGAUAUACACACGUACUGUAAUGACAGUUGUCUGCCCUUCUUCUCUCAAAACAACUUCCGUGUCUGCGGGUCCCAGUCCCAAUCCAUGUUUAAAUGGCUGAGGAUCUACAAAUAUCUAUUCUUGGUACCUCUGCUGCUGUCUUUCGCUUUCAAUUCGGUUAUCUAUGUCAAGACGGUGUCAUUACUAAGGAAAUCCUUCAGACAAGCAGGCAAAAUGAGUUCAGAGGAGAACAAGAGAUUGACAAGGGUGAAGAAGAACGCCAUCCUCUUCCUCUCAAUCUUCUUCAUAUGCUGGCUGCCUACUGUCCUAAUUGGAAUCAUCUCAAGUGUAGAAGGUGAUGGUAUGGAUAUGAACCGAUACUACCCACUCUAUAUCUGCCAAGCACUCCUGUCACCACUGCAAGGCUUGCUGAACACUCUUGGCUAUGGCUGGCAGCGGCGAGAGUUCAAGCUAUUGAUGUGCCCGCGUUUUCCCAGCGUAUGUCAGUGUGUGCAGGGAAGGCGAGGAGAGCAUGAGACAAGUGCCAACAUGCUUCUGUCAUGAGAUCGCCAGAGAGCUGAAGCCAUUCUAUACAGUCAUUGUCUUGGCAUGAAACCGUGGCAGUCUACACGACCAUGGUAACCUGCAUAGAUCCAUGCACAGUGAAUACACAUUAUAUUGAAGGUAAUGCCAGUGCCUGUAUGUGUACUUAUUGCUACUACCUCCUCACAACUAACAUUACUUGAGUACAAUGUCAAGGAUUAUACUCGGAUAGUCCAUGAAAAACGUAUAUUAACUCCCAGCUCUGCACCGAGCAUCUGAUCAGAGAGAGACGGUCAGAUAAGUUUAGCUAGUAAUUCAGUAUUCUGACUUUAGCUAAUAAGUUAUGUUACAGUGCCACUGAGCCAACCAGGUGGUGAAUUCAAUCAAGGAGUCGUAAAAUACUAGCUGGCAGUAUUUUACGACUCCCUGAUUCAAUCUAUUUCUGUUGCUAGUGCAUCUUGAGCUGCUGAACCAAUACUUUUAUUACACAAAAUGUGGAGUAUGUGCAGCUUUGUGACUGCUCGAGCUUUCAAAUCGUAUGGAUGAAUUAGUUACAGUGUACUUUACUAGCAGGAAUUCUAUCAACCCAUUUGGUUAACAUUCUACCAUUUCAAAUCUGUGUGACGGUUGAAUAAUAAAUAAUGUAUUAUGUGAUUUCUUUGAAGUAGACCAAUGGCGACAGCGAUCACAGUGGGUCCAUUGUUGUUAGGCAUCUGCCUGUUUUGGUUUCUCCACUAUAUAAAAGAAUACUACUACUACCUUAGAGUUCUUGCUCUCCUGCUCCCCUCCCCGCCCUUCCACUCCCCAUUUUGUUUCCUUUGGUGCACAUGUGCAGCUGUGAUGCCGAGA